UUGUAGGGCCGUGGGGUUACCUAUUCGCCGGCCCAGCAGCUACGACAAAGCACUGAACGGUGCACGCAAAUGACAUGAUAUCUGCCGUUUGCUAAAGGUUUUUGAGUUUUGACGCGUGCCAGACGAGGAAGCCAGCCGAAAACAAAAGCGCCUGUACCUGAGACGUUGCCCCAUCCAAGCCCAAAAAAAAACUCCUAUAGCAAACCUACCCGCGCAUGCAACGUAGGUAUAGGACACGAGAGCGCCGGACGCCGGAGCAGACAGAGCCGAUGACCACCUACCCAAAGCGACGUUACGGCCACGGCCCUCGACCCACCCUCGGCUGCAUCACCACUUCACUACCCGCUAGCACACGCACGCGAUCGACGCGAGUGCGACCAACAGCGUCGUCCAAACGCAUGCAAACGCUCUGCUACACUACAGCUGCUGCUGCGCCUGCGCGACAUGCUCAUGCUGCUCUGCACUGGGCGGGCGAUCGGCCGGUGCAUCGGUCUGUUCGACGGGUCCCGCGAGGCUUGGCAACAAAGGAGAGCCGAAGCCGGCCCUCGUCUGAUCGAUCUGGCCGCUAGCUGGAUACGACGAGGGAAUCAGGGAAUCGGGCGAGAAUGACGCGUGAUCCCUCGCAUGAGAUGGAAAGCGAUCGAAUGACGUGCCAGUGGUUCCUCCAAGGAUCAAUGCGUCGUGAUCAAUCAUGCAAACGAUAAUCCUCUCCGGCAGCGUCGGAUCGAUCGGAUGCACGCACGCGCCGCGAGGGGCCGGGCAAGGCAAGGCAAGGCAAAGCGACAGGCGUCACAUGCGCCCGUGACCACCACCCCUCCGGAACGCAGUCGUCGUGCGCCAUCGGCGGCUUCCUCAUCGCCCGAAUCCCAUUCGAUCUCCAAGCGCGCCCAAACGCAUCCGGCAUCUCCUCCUCCUCCUCCCUUCCGGCCUGCAUAUAUCGCUACACACACACUUGCCCAUCGCGAGCACACAAGCAUCGACGACGACACGAUGGCAAGCUCGUUGCUGUGCCUGGCGGCGCUGGCCGUAGUAUCCGUCCUCGUCACCACGACAGAGGCGUUGCCACCACGCGCGACGCCGCCGCCACUGCCGGUGCUGCCGAUCCCGUCGGCGCCGCAGCUCAAGUGGCAGCGGCGCGAGGUGAUCAUGUUCUUCCACUUCGGCAUGAACACCUUCACGGACUCCGAGUGGGGCACGGGGUCGGAGGCCCCGUCGCUGUUCCGCCCCGCGGCGCUCAACGCCACGCAGUGGAUGGACGCGGCGCGCGCCGCGGGGGCGUCGCUCGCCAUCCUCGUCGCCAAGCACCACGACGGCUUCUGCCUCUGGCCGUCCCAGUACACGGCGCACUCCGUGCGCGCCAGCCCCUGGCGCGGAGGCCGCGGCGACGUCGUCAGGGAGUUCGUCGACGCCGCCCGUGCGCGCGGCGUCGACGCCGGGCUCUACCUCUCGCCCUGGGACCGGCACGACGAGCGGUACGGCAAUGAGGUCGCCUACAACGAGUACUACGAGGCUCAGCUCCACGAGCUCCUCACCGGGUACGGGAGCGUGUCGGAGAUUUGGUUCGACGGCGCCAAGGGCAAGAACGCGACCAAUAUGACGUACCAUUUCCAGGAGUGGUUCCAGACGGUGAAGCAGCUGCAGCGAUCCAUCAACAUCUUCUCCGACGACGGGCCCGACGUCCGGUGGGUCGGCGACGAGAAGGGCUACGCCGGAACCACCUGCUGGUCCACCGUCAACCGCUCCAUGAUCACCAUCGGCGAAGCCGGCAUCGAGAAGUACCUGAACGAGGGCGACCCACGGGGGCGCGACUGGGUGCCGCCGGAGUGCGACGUGUCGAUCCGGCCGGGCUGGUUCUGGCACAAGAACGAGACGGCCAAGCCGCUGAGCCAGCUGCUGGAGAUCUACUACAACUCCGUCGGCCGGAACUGCGUGCUCCUGCUCAACGCGCCGCCCAACACCACGGGCCUGGUCCAGGACGCCGACAUCGCGCGGCUGCGCGAGUUCGGCGCCGCCGUGUCCACCAUCUUCGGCACGGACCUCGCCGCGGGCAGCGAGGCCAGGGCCAGCAGCGAGCGCGGCGCCGGGUUCGCGGCGCGGAACGUGGUGGACGGCCGCGACGACACGUACUGGGCGCCGGCGCCGGCGACGGCCGGGGAAGACGACGGGUACUACUGGAUCGAGCUGCGGCGGCCGGGCGCGCGGGCGUUCAACGUGGUGCGGAUCCAGGAGCACGUGGCGCUGGGGCAGCGCGUGGAGCGGCACGCCGUGUACGUGGACGGCGCGCCCGUGGCCAACGGCACGACGGUGGGGCACAAGCGGCUGCACCGGCUGCCGUCCGCCGUCGUCGCGGGCACGACGGUGAGGGUGUGGAUCGAGGCGCGGCGUGGCCCGCCGCUGCUCUCGGCGGUGGGACUCCACUACGACCCCUUCGCCGCGGCGGACACGAUGUGACGUGGCGACGGGUGGGGCGCAUGAUUGCUUGGUGGGCGUAAUGGUGGUCCGUGGGCAGUCGGCGUCGUCGUCCCUGUCCUGGUCGUCCCAGCCCCAAGCGACGGAACCGCGACGCCGACGCGCGCCACCACCAGCACACCACAAACGGCGGACCGGCGGCGCUGUGUUUGUCGGUCGUUCUGGACUUCUGUCGGUGGGAACCCGGAACCGCAUAAAAGCGGCAUUGGCAUUGCCAUUCCGUUUGGAUGGAUUCAUGGAUGGAUGGGUCUGUUUCUUGCUACAAAUAAUUGUUGGGUGCCAUUCCGUGGUCA